CUGUGAAACAAAUAGGAACCGAACAGUUCGGCUUAAAAAGGUUGCUCAUUUAUGGCGGUGCAUGGGAACUAUAAAUAGGAUGUUAAAAGCUCAUAAAAUUAUAACUCCUAGAAAGCAAUCCAUUCCCAGUCCAAAUUCUAAAAGUAAAAGAUAGAAUGAAUACCCAAAUUCCUGCAUCGGCUGCUCCCUUGAUUUCCACCAAAAAUGCAGGUAUUGAGGAUGCUCGGCGCUCGGUCAAAUUUCAUCCUUCAGUUUGGGGUGACUAUUUCCUUGCAUAUAAUUCUCAUCUCACGGAUGUGUUGACCAACGAAGAGAAAGAACAUCGAAGACUAAAAGAAGAAGUGAAGAAGCUGCUAGAGGCUGUGCCAGAUGAUUCUUUGCAUAAACUAGACAUCAUUGAUGCAAUCCAACGUCUUGGAGUUGGUCAUUAUUUUGAAACCGAAAUUCAAAAAUCUCUUAGAUAUAUAUAUGACACUUACCAUGAAAGUUGUGGCAAACAAGAAAGCAAUCUUCAUAUCACUGCUCUUCGAUUUCGGUUACUCAGACAACAAGGACAUUACGUCUCGUGUGAUGUAUUCAACAAAUUCAAGGACCGCCAAGGAAAAUUUGAUGAAUCUUUGAUUAGCAAUUUACAAGGCUUGUUAAGUUUGUAUGAGGCUGCACAGUUCAGAGUAUGUGGUGAGGAAACUCUCGAGGAAGCAUUGAAGUAUACUGUCACUCAACUUGAUUCCGUAGUCUUCCAUGUGAGUAAUUCUGUGUCUGCACAAGUUAGGGAAGCUUUGGAAUUUCCAAUUCAUAAGACUAUGACGAGGCUGGGGGCGAGAAAGUUUUUAUCUAUCUAUCAAGAAGAUGAAACACAUAACGAUAAGCUCCUGGAUUUCGCAAAAUUAGAUUUCAACCUAUUGCAAAAGAUGUAUCAGAAGGAGCUAUAUGAGAUUACAAGGUGGUGGAAGGCGUUGGUGUUUGAAAAUAAAUUACCUUUUGCAAGAGAUAGAUUGGUCGAAUGCUACUCUUGGGCAUUGGGAGUAUACUAUGAGCCCCAAUAUUCUCAUGGUAGGAAAAUGCUAGCCAAAGUAAUCGCCAUGAUUUCUGUCAUUGAUGACAUCUAUGACAUAUAUGGGACUCUAGACGAACUUACUCUUCUCUUGGAUGCAAUUGAAAGAUGGGAUCUUAGUCUCGUUGAUCAGUUGCCACCAUACAUGAAAUAUUAUUACAAAGCUCUUUUAGAUGUUUAUGUCGAGAUUGAGGAAGAGUUGGACAAGACAGGGAAAUCACCCCUUGUUCACUACGUGAUAGAAGAGAAGAAAAGACUGGUGAGAGCAUAUUUCCAAGAGGCAAAGCGGGAGUACAGUGACUAUAUUCCGACCCUGGAAGAAUAUAUGAAAGUGGGAAAGCCAUCUAGCACUUAUUUAGUGAAGCCUUUGAGUGGGUAG